AAUGAAGCUGACAACAUGAGUAUAAAAGCCGGUUUGAAGGCUGGCGCUCCGGUGCUCCAUGAUCCAGCUCCGCACCGGGUUACAAUCAGGCUGACACACCAGGGAGGGAUCAAGAUGCUGUUUCUCAGAUUCACACUUAAUAUUUUACUACAACUGACUUUACUCUCCGCACUGCAUGCUGCCAAAUGGACCUACAGUGGACCAGAGGGAGAGCACCACUGGUCCAAGAAUUAUCCAUACUGUGGAGGAGCUUUCCAGUCUCCAAUAGACAUCAAAUCAGACCUGCUGAGAUUCGAUCCAACGCUGCGUCCUAUUGAAGUUCACAACUACAACCUGUCACCCCAUGAACAGCUUACUCUGGGAAAUAAUGGACAUUCUGUGCAAAUCUCACUGCCCUCAAAAAUGUACAUCUCCAGCCUGCCUCAUCGUUACACUGCAGCUCAACUCCAUUUCCACUGGGGCUCGUCUGGCAGGCCUGCAGGCUCUGAGCACAUGGUCAACAGUAAGCAGUAUGCAGCAGAGAUGCAUGUUGUGCACUACAACUCAGACAAGUAUCCAAACAUUUCCAUGGCUGUGGAUAAAUCCGAUGGCCUGGCUGUUUUGGGUGUUCUGUUUGAGGUUGGUGAGUUCAAUCCAGCUUUUGAACAGUUCCUGAAAUUCAUCAAUGGUAUCAAAUACAGAGAUCAGAAAGUGCAGGUGCCUGGUUUCAACAUCAGAGCGCUGCUACCUGCACGUUUGGAUGAGUAUUAUCGCUAUGAUGGGUCACUCACAACUCCUCCAUGCUAUCCUAGUGUGCUAUGGACGCUCUUCAGGAAUCAUCUGACAAUUUCUCGCAAACAGUUUAUGUCCCUGGCAACAGCCCUCUACUCCUCCCAUGCCCAAGACUCAGCCCCUGUGCCUUUGAACGGCAACUACAGGAAACCGCAGCUCGUAGACAACCGCGUUGUCCUGGUAUCUUUUAAGGAGGCUGAUCUGUCUUGGAUGAACACUGGUGUACUGGUUCCAAUACUGGUGGGCUCUGCACUGGGACUUGUUUUCAUUGUUUCAUUAAUCUGCUGCCUAUUAAGGCAAAUACGAUCUGGUGCUGAACAAGACAAGAACAGAAGUAUUGGAUACAACAUUGGAGAGAGUGAUGAGUACGGCUCAACAGUGUAGGUCGUCAUUUUGGCCUUUUCGUUUUACUACAUGAACACAAACAGAAGAGCUCCCAUAUCAUGACACUUCAACAACGUCAGAUUACUGUCCUUUUGCAUCACUCAUACUGUGUUUGUGUUUACCAUAUGCGUCCACGUGGACAUUUCUGGAAGCAUGCAAAGUUAAAGUAUGCACUUUGCAAGUACGUUUGCAUGCAGCUGUAGGGAUUUGGGAAACAGUCUCUUUUUUUUUUCCAAGCCACAUUUUGACUGAACUUCCUUUUCAGUUUUCUGUAUUGUGGCAGAAUGCGGCAGGCUUCCUUGCUGGAUGUUGAAAAGUGUAUGCUGUACAACUAUUCCCUUAAGGGAAGAAGAACAAAUGUCCUCUAUAAUCCUCCGUUAUUUAUCUGACAUGAUGUGGUGUGUUUCACAAGAAGUGCUCCAAACAGAAGCUUCUAGGCAAGUGCAGCAGGCUGGAGCUGGACUGGUGAGAAUCUCAGGUCAAGUCGGACAGCGGCAUUCGUUCCCUUCGGCUGUCCGGGCAUGGUGGAGAGCCCAACCGCAGUCCAAACAAUAGGGGGAUAGGAGUUGACAGACAUUGCUGAUGGUAGGGUGGCCUGAGAGGGAUGGGCUAUACCACAUUUCCACCACCAACCCUGUACUUAGAGCUGCUCUAUGGAUUUUAUAAUAAAAGGGCGCUUAGCUGCAUACAAACACAGAAACACACAGCUCCUUCCCUGUGAAAUAUUCUGAGAAAUAAAGGCCUUUGUGUUGAGAGGCUGCACGUGGGCUGACCCCUAACCCCUGCCCAGCACUCUGAUCACAAGACAACCUCCCCAGCCCAGUUCGACUGAAGCCUGCUCAGUUAACCACAGCUCAGAUUAUUACAUCAUUAUCAUCCCAUGCUCCGUCAUCAUUUACUCUAUUUUUAUUAUAUUUACUCCUUAUUGAUAUCCCUUUAGGUGUUCCUAGGCUUAGAUUCAGGGGACAUUGUUGGUGUGACAGGGGAACAAAAUGUACUAUGUUUUGCUGUAAGUUAAAAAAAAUACUUAUAAUGGUUAAUAAAUCAUCUGAUAAAAGGAAAUUGAAUGGUGAAGAAUAAUGUAGUGACCAUAUCAUACCAUUUCCAUCAGUCCUCCAACUGCUGCUGCCCGUGGCUUCAUUUCACUGUUACUGUUGUGCUGAUUUACCACAAAUGUGACACUACAUGUGUAGAGCAGUAUUCGAUAUUCUUCUAUGAUUUGUGUGCCAUAGUUUUCAGGUUUGUUACUUGUCCACAGUAAGUGUAACAGCAAUAACAUUUGCUUUUGUGUACAUUUUUUAAAAAAUAAAAUAAAAUUUAGACCUGAAAUGACAACGUCCAGUUUUUCAUACCACAUUCUGAACAUUAAAGAGCAAUGACACAGUUAAUGGUACAGUGGUGUAUUGCAAAGGACUUAUAAUUUACUCAAGUAUUUUCAUUUCAUCCAAUUAUAUCCCUCUACUCCACUACAUAUCACGUCCGAACAGCCCCCACAGUGGAAUGUUUUGGGUC